AAUAAUUCUAGAUAAAACAUUUAUAUUUUUAAAGUAAUGUUAUUAGUAAAGUUAUCAGAAAUUUAUAGAAUUAAUAUUUGUUAUGGCUAGCGAUAAUAGUUCUGUUAAAUGAUACGAAAUUGUAGAAGCUUUAUUUGUUAAAUAGAGCCCCUAGGAAUAGUUUCAGACAAACAUAUGGGUGAGAAUACAGUGCCAAAUUAAAAUAUUAGAAAGAAUAUGUUCUCAGCUUUUAAAAGGUUUACAAGCAAAGGAGAUGGGAGCCCCAACAGUCUUUCUGUUUCUGUGGGAUCCAGGCUCCCAAGUCAUCAGACAAUGUCAACAUCUCUUCAAAGGAAAUUUGCCAGAGGAGUACAAUAUAACAUGAAAAUAGUGAUCAAGGGGGACCGUAAUGUAGGAAAGACAUGCCUGUUUCACAGACUGCAGGGAAAGAAAUUUGUGGAAGAGUAUAUCCCAACAGAUGAAAUCCAAGUCACUUCAAUCCAGUGGAACUACAAGGCAACUGAUGACAUUGUAAAAGUAGAGGUUUGGGAUGUGGUAGAUAAAGGAAAGAAAAAGAAACAUUUUGAUGGACUGAAGCUGGAAAAUUCUCAGUUAGAGGUUCCAGAGGAACAUGCCUUAGAUGCUGAAUUUUUGGAUGUCUAUAAGGGCACUAAUGGAGUUAUUAUGAUGUUAGAUCUCACAAAAACUUGGACAUUUGAUUAUGUUCAAAGGGAACUUCCAAAGGUUCCAGAGCACAUUCCAGUGAUAAUAUUGUCAAACCAUUGUGAUAUGGCACAUCACAGAACAGUCACUGCAGACCAUGUCAAUUUCUACAUAGAAUCCUUAGCAAGUUCAAGAUCGGCACAGAUCCGCCAUACUGAGUCCUCGAUGCGAAAUGGAUUUGGCCUAAAGCUGCUUCACAAGUUCUUCAAUUUGCCGUUUUUGCAACUGCAACGUGAAACAUUGCUGCGACAGCUAGAACGAAAUGAGGCAGAGACCAAAGCUACCAUUCAGGAGUUGGAUGUCUAUUGCGACUCUGACGAGGCGAAUUAUGGAAAGUUUUUGGAAACGCUAGUGAAGAAACGCAGAGAAGUGGCAGAUUCAAAUUCGAAUGCCCAUCGAAUCGCUCAGACCCAAGUACAGGCGAGCCCUGCCGGCGAGGUAAGGCGAUCGCAAAGUGGCCCAAUAGUCAUCGGUGCUGGUCAACCGAUCCCUUACGGAAAUACGGCUGUAAACAAGAAACCUACCGCGCUAUCGCAGAUCUCAAAGAGCUCUAGCGUUAGUUCGGGCUUCGUUUCGAAAGUUGGUGUGGACAAUGGCGUUGGAAAUGGUAUGCCAGACUUAAGGCGAUUAGAAGUAAGUCCAAUCACGUCAGUUGAGGAGUUCUGUCCUGAUGGGGGCCACCUAGGAGGCUUCUUGGAUGAUGUGCAGUUCAAUGCUCAAAAUAGUAUUAAGGAAGAGGAUCAAUCGGACUCCGACACAGAUACCGGUAACCCGCUAGUCUCGGAGCUCCAGGAAGACUUUGAACCCGAAGACGUUUCGUUAUCCAAACCUGUUCGACACGCCAAGAAACCUGAGACAUUCCCCAUACCUCUGAGAGUGAUAAAAUCAGACGAAAGCAGCGAAAUAGACGUGGAGAAGGUACUGCCUAUGGAAGAGUAUGACGUAAAGCAUCAGACCAAUGACGAGUUCGAUUCGACUAUUAAUUCUGAGAUUUCUGAGCUGACUUCUGAUGCUUAUGACGGGGGAUGGAUCGGAGCGGAUACCAAGUGGAGGAGAUCUCCAGAAGGCGGAGAAGAUACUUCAGUAGUGAGUCAAACGCUAGACUACAGCCCCGGCCUUGGAACAGUGUAUGAUGACAGCACCAGUGUCACCUCGUCCAAUAUAAACGCAGAAUUGCUAUCGACAAAACCGAGCCCAGUUUCAAAUAGACAAAGCUUCAACAGUGAUAGUGAGGGCACUACACAUUCCAGUUCAGUGAAGAAAGAGAAGAAAAAGAAAGACAAGGAGAAGGACGAGGAAAAGAAGAAAAGCAAGAAAAAGUCCAAAGACAAACACAAGGAUUCCUCGAAAUCUGACCGAAAACACAAGAGGCGAUCCAGAGACGAGACUUCUACCCACAGGGACGAAUUAGAAGAAUUCUUGAACGGUCCUGCGAUUUCUCCCGUAGAUGCUGCAUAUGAGGCCAUCUAGCAUAUGCCCGUUAUCAUCAAAUAUAAAUACGUGCUCAAUAUGUAGACACAUGCGCGGAGUAUUGUAUGAUAAAAUUAUCUUGGUCUGUGAAGGGCAAAAAUAUAGCAUUAAUUAAAAUCUUCCAUCAGAAGAUACCCAGUCUACCCAACCACUAAUGCUUACGACUAUACAGGGUGUUCCAUAAUUAUUGCGACAAAAUGAUAGGGGUUGUAGAGGGCAUAAAAAUAUGCAAUUUUGCCUUAUAAACCCCUGUUCGUAAAUAUGCCGUUUGAGCACUACAGUUAAUUUUACCUUAAGAGCUCAUAGGAGAAACAAAAAAUUCACCAGCUGCAAAAUGUUCGUCUAGCACAUUUCAUGGUCUCGCCGGUUUGUAGAAAAAGCCUGCUGUGUUUACAUUUUUGUUAUCGUACACCCGUACCACCUUUUAAAAGUCCAAGUCAUGGGUCCAGCAGACUAUCUGCCGCGUCGACGUUUUUGUCGUUGGUGGCUGCAGCAGGAGUUGAGGCAACCAAACUUUGGUCGCUACGUUUUGUUCACUGACGAGUCCUGUUUUGCAAAGGACGGUUAUUUUAAUAGCCGUAACAGUCACAUUUGGGAUGAAGAAAACCCUCAUGCCAUAGCCAUCCAUAGAGACCAACAUCAGUUUUCAAUUAAGAUCUGGUGCGGUAUUGUGGACGAGCAUAUCAUCGGGCCAUAUUUGUUUCCACCACAUGCUUAUGGUCGAUUCUUACAGCAUGUGCUACCGAAACUAUUAGAAAAUGUGCCACUGAACAUAAGAGCCAACACGUGGUUUCAACACGAUGGAGCUCCAGCCCACUUUUCUUUACAAGUGCGGCAGUAUUUGGACGACAAAUAGGUGGAUAGGCCGAGGUGGCCCUGUGCCUUGGCCUGCGCGGUCACCCGACCUGACCCCACUGGAUUAUUUUCUCUGGGGCCAUCUGAAAGCUUUAGUGUACGAAACUACUGUUCCCAACCAACAAGAGCUACUGGGAAGAGUGAUGGCCGCGUCCGCACCUGUUCAGGACAUACCAGGGGUAUGCCACAGAGUUCGCCGAUCAUUGAACAAUCGUGCACAGCUGUGUAUUGAGCAAGGUGGAGGACACUUUGAGCAAUUACUGUAGGUAAGCUGUUUCAAGAAACUGAUCUUUUUUUUUGCUGCAUCCCAAACGGCAUAUUUCCGAACAGGGGUUUAUAAGGCAAAAUUGUUCAUUUUGAUGCCCUCUACAACCCCUAUCAUUUUGUCGCAAUAAUUAUGGAACACCCUGUAUAUGUAUCGACCACCACCUUUAGGAGUCAUCAUUGCCACCCGUUUGGAUUGUUCUGCAGAUUAUGGGUAACCUUUCCUGCUGCUAAUCAACUCAUAUUCAAGAAUAAAUCAUUUUUUUUUUGAGGAAAAAUGGAAUCUAUUUCUAUCACUCUUAAAGUAAUUCCUAUUCUACUUGGCAACAACAUGGCUGUGACGAUGGAAAUCGUAUGUGAUGAACGCCCAAAUACAGCAUAGGAUUGGGCAUCGUUCUCUCUCUCUCUCUCAUAUAUUCACUGCUUAUUUCACUGCUCAAGAUGGAUUUGUCAGACAAUAUCUAAAAAUACAGAAUAAUCUCAGAGGUGACAGUUUGUCGAGUUCUUCUCUCUAGGUUAUAACUCUAACUAUUCAUCUGUUCUUCAUUCUAUGUUGUUGUGUCCUAAUUCUGAAUAUAGCACUGAUUUCUUACAAGGCAACUGCAUGCAAUCACUUGCAGCUGCAAGACGGCGCUGUAAAAUGUCUAACUGGACGUGUGGCAGCUGAUUGUUUUCGAUUAAAGCUCACAAGGUAAGUCAUCCUAAACGAAUGGAAUACCCUUGUAUAAUAAUAAUAUACCCAUAAUAAUAUACCCAUUUCACAUCAACAAUUUCUCCACGAGUUUAUUUAGAUGGAAUUCUGCAAGGUCAUCCUGGUUAUGUUUUGCAAUGAACAAAUCCAUGGACCCUAUUUCAUGAGUAUCCAUCACGGUAGAAUGGCAGCUGAUUAUCUAGUAUGUAAUAUCUCAAAAUUCCCCAUAUCGGCACAGGCCACAUAAUUCUGACGGAUCCGUCAACGCCAGGUAGUCGGAGCCGUAUUUUGUUUUGGUUUUGUACUUGCAGUUCUUUUAUUUAGAAAAGUUCAUUUGCAUACAAAAAACAAAACGCCACAAACAAGUUUUACUAGAUUUAUACCUGAUUCAUUAUUGGCAACGUUGCAGAGUAACAGAAAAGCGUCACUUGCUGAAUACCUCACCAGACGUCAAAGCGUGAUGGAUACUCGUGAAAUAUAGUCUAUCUGUCAACAAAGCUAACCUCACAAUAAAUUAUUGCUAGAAACAUUUUCAGAUUUUUAUAUUUAUUGUGUUUUUGAUCAUGAGGCAAAUCUCACUAAGAGUUCUAUCAAAGUUCUAUACUUGAAUUGAAAAGAUGCUUAACCCUAGAUUACGGGACUUGUUUCAAAAUACUUUAAUACGGGACUAUCGUAAAAUAUACGAAGAUAAUAUAAAACUUGCAUUGUACAAUAAAAUUCUUAUGAAAAAACUCAUGAAAAAUAAAAGAUAUAUUUCUAAGGACUUUACAAUAAAAUGCAAGAACAAAAUAUCAAUAAAAAGUCAAUAUAUAUUAUUUGAUACUACAUUCCUUGCAUACAUUUCCUCGAUGCUCACCACAGAUCGGAUGUCCACACUGUCCACAAUACGUCGUUGUCAUCCGUCUCUUUUGAGAAGGGCAAAAAAGCACGUUUUACGCUUUUUUUCUAGAGGGAUUUCAGGUGUUGUAUCUUUUCGAAUAUUGAGAAGAAGGGCAAUAUCUUGACUUAUAUUUCGACGCAACGUAGGAGUCGAUAAUCUAUGCCUCAUCCAUGGCUCAGCAAGGCGACGACUUAAAUCUAUCAUGUACUGGUAACGUGAAGGGGGUUUCUCUCCUCUUGAUAAAGCAUUAAAAGUAUAAAUCACAAAGGAGUUGAUGCUGGCUAUAUUCACCAUACCAUAUAGCGCACACAGGGGCCAUCUUCUAGUUUUCCUGCUGCAGCUCAUGUUGGAACACAUUUGGUCGAAUGUGUCGACACCCCCUUUAGUUUCAUUGCAGUUCUGAACAAUUGCUGGUUUUCCUGUUUGUUUUGAAAUUUCAGCACCCUCAUGCAUUGUAGACAAUAGCAGUACUAAUUUCUGCUUCCUAGGCACAUACGAAAGUAAUACUUUUUCUUGAUCAAAACAGAACAUUGAUUUAUUUACGUUUCGCUGCCUUAUGUCAAGCAGUUCGGGAGGAAUUUCCCUUUUAUUUUUUCUUAGUGUUCCAAUUAUUGUCAGUUUGUAAGGAUCUUGGAGUAGUUCAUCUGCCAAACUGACGGACGUGAACCAAUUGUCCAUGGUAAUAUUCCUGUUACUUCCAUGGACAGAUUUUGUAAGCUCCUUUACAAAGUAGGUAGCAAGCGGCAAACCAUUCGUUCUGGUACUUUUUCCUAUAUAUGGACUAGCAUCAACCAUAUAGCAUGUUGAGUUGUCACAUAGCAUGACAAUUUUUAUACCAUACUUUGAAGGUUUAUUCGGUAUGUACAUGCGGAAUGGACAUCGUCCACGAAAUCCCAAAAGCUGUUCGUCUAUAGUGAGGUAAGAAGAUGGUGUAUAUGAUGAUCUGCAAGUUUCAAUGAAAAUAUCCCAUAACUCACGGAUAUGGGUGAAAGGAUCAUUAAUUUUUCUUUCCUGUCUUGUUUCUCUUGAAUCAAAUCUGAGACAGUUCAGUAAGAACAUAAAUCUGUCACAGUUCAUGCAGGCUCUAUAGAAGGAACCAGAAAUCGUCGUAUCAAACAUAUGUCUGGCAGAUAGAUGGUUGUCUUUCUUGGCAGCCGAGAGUAUCAAAAUUGCAAACAGCGCCUGUAGUUCUUCUUUAGUGGUAGGUGACACAUUGUUGUUACCCGUGUAAUUUUGCCUUUGUCGUACAAUUUCUUCAUUAGUGUGUAGGUAUAUUAUAUCAAGAAUAGGAUCAGAGAAGAAAUGUAAAAAAUAUUCUUCCAGUGUUACAUACUCCUUCGCUUCACCUUUCGGGCCUGCCACAAAAUGGAUGAGGUUUCUUGAAGCAGUUCUUUUAGUUCUGCUGGGCUGUGUUGAUGUCCAUCUCUGACCAUUCUUUCCUUUCAAACUCAAAAUAUUGGGUUUAACUAGAAAGUGAUUUGUUUUACAAGGUUCAAGUUGAGGUUGAUGUACGGGAUCGUCGGAGUUCACAUGGCCGUCAUCAUUCUUUUUCUCUGCCGAAGUAGUCGUUUCUUGUUCAUUUAUAGGAACAUUCUCGUCCAAUCAUCUGAUCCCUUCAUCGAUUCUACUUCAAUAUUAUCUUCUUCCCAAUCACUGCCACUAUCCUCAAAUGGAUCUGGAUCACUGUCUCCUCCCUCCAUAAUUUUUCUCACUUCUUCUUCCAAUUCUGCCUGAGAUAAGGACCGUUUUGAAGUCAUUUCGCUGGAAAGACAUGUACUCAGAACGCUAUAAGUAUGAGAAAUAGAAAACACCUUACCUCACAAAUAAAUGUCAGCAAAACCGCUUUUCAAAGAAUAGAAUAAAAAUCAGCUUGCGCGAAAAUAGCAAACAGUGACACGGGACUAUCGUAAAAUUUACGACGGAAGUGCAAAAUCUCCGUUACGCUUGACAAAUACACGAUGUUACGUACACCGAAGUCUAGCCGAAAACUAAAUAGGAAGGUAUCGAGAGUCUCAUUCCGAUACGCUAACCGAAAAUGAACGAAAACCCACGACGAAUAUUGUCGAUCGUAAAUUUUACGAAUGUCCCGUACUCUAGGGUUAAUAUAGCGGAAAUGAAAACAAGUUUGGCAAUAUAGAGCUUGACGUUCAACUUAGCAAACAUUAGAACAGAGUCAAUUGCCUGAAAAAAAUCCACGAAAAUGUUCAAUUCAUUUGACGGGUAUUAUACAAACCACCGAACUGUCCUAAAGAUAUUUGUAUGAAUUGGUAACAUGUAAGUUACUAAAUAUUCCGCCACCUGCACGUGAUGGGGAUGGCUGAGGAUCCCUUGUGUGAACGCUGCGGGGUAGAGGAAGAGACCUCGGCGCAGGUUUUGUGUCGCUGUGAAGCUCUGAGCUACUAUAGGCAGACUAUACUGGGGUCCAUUACUUUGGACCCUCAGGACGUCAAGGAGCUUGGAUUCAAGGCGAUUCUCAACUUCGCUAAAAGGACGAGGCUUGUAAUCUAAGGAAUGUAGAGGUGCAUAAGGGCUCGCUUAAGCGGCCUAUGCACUGGCUCCUUAUGGUGGCCGGAAUGCCUCUAAUUUCAAGAUUCAUUCAUACUAAAUAUUCCACCAGAAUUGCAAUUUUGAACGAAAAGCUCAACAUUAUUGAUUUUCCUGCAUUAUCUGGUAGUUGCAAGAAAAUGUCAUAAGCGGCUGUUUUAACAAUGCGCAACCAUCUAUUCAAAAAUUUUCUUGCACUGUAAAAUGGGUAUGGUCAGUGACUAACUUAUUCUACCUGAAGAUAGCCAACCUACUAAAACAUGAUGUCCCAUGUUAAUCGAAAUAUUUCUAAAACCACGCAUUCGAUGAAAAAGUUUCAAACAAAAGUUGUAUCGUUUCGAGGGGGGAAAAUGAUGGUGUUUUUGACAGUGACCUUGACUACGAGUCCGUUCAAGGUCAAGUAAAUAUUUUCAAAUGGAACCUCGUCCUUUUCACAAUUGAAUUAAAAAUAGGAGCAAAUUUUACCUCCGUGCAUCACAUCUCGAUGACCUUGGCCUUCAAGGUCAAAACAAGACAUCGAAAACAAUUUCUAUUAGCAAAAAUAUUUGACAGCACAGUUGUGAGGCUUGUGAUGAUCACCCAAAGGUGAUCUUUGCAAAAACUGUCAAUCAAGAUCAAGUCUACAUUUCCAAAGGAAACCUCUCAUUUUCAUACUGGACAUGAAAAAACUAGGAACUUUUGUCUGAAGGUGACCUUGACCUCGAAUAACAUUAAAGCUUGAUACGACCCUGAGUUUGAGUUCAGUUGCUUGCUUUUUCCGUUUCAGCCUAAAAAUGAGAGGUUUCUUUGGAACUUUCGACUUGACCUUUUAGGUCAUGUUCAAGGUCAUGGUCGAGGCGACAUUUGGGUGAUUCUCACAAACUCCACAACUGUGCUGUCGAACAUUUUUGCUAGAGCAAAUUGUUUGAGAUAUUUUGAUUUGACUUUGAAAUGCCCUUGAAGGCUAUUGUCAAGGUCAUGAUCAAGAUGAUUUUCGGAUGUAAAAUUUGCUCCUCUUUUCAAUUCCGAUGUGACAAAUGGAUUGUUCUACUUAAAAGUAUUCACUUACAUUGAAAUGAGCUUGAAGGUCGUAGUCAAGUUAAUUGCCAAGGUUACCAGCAUUUUGCCCCUACAAGUUUUCUUAGAAACUUUUUUUAUGAAAUGCACAGUUUUCUAAAUAUGUAGAUAGGGAGAUUGAAAUGGGCCACCGUGUAUAUACGGGCGUCCGAAAAAUUAUCAAAGAUGAAAUGAGGUACAUUUGCGACAGCUAUGUUUUUCCUCCUUGUAAUAAUUAGAAGUUUACUUUGAAAAGGUUAGUGUCUCGUAGCCAACUAUGUAUGAGCAUAUAGCUACAGCGCCAUCUAUGAGACAGCAACGUUUUCAAAGUAGAUUCUUAAUUAUUGCGGAGAGGGGAAAGAUAGCUGUGACACGCUACCUCAUUUUAUCUCGGAUUAUUUCUUCAGGUACAAUACGUGAAUCAAUGGUAUAAUGAAACUGUACAAGAGUGGAUCUUGAUCUGUCAUUUUUGCGGUUGUAAUGAUUGUGUUAUUCUGUAAUACUGCUGAUAUGCUAUCAUUUUAAUUUCUUCAGUGUUUGAAUAUAUGAAAAUAAUCUCUAAUAUUGCUUCACGUUUAAGAAUCUCAUAUAUGCAAUAAUGUAUUCAAAACGAAGUAGUAACUAUUUUCUUAUAACGGGCGUAGGCACUUCGGAAUUUUAUUUUUAAGUAAAACCAAUAAUUUCGGAUAAAUAUCAUGCUUGUUCAUAUUAUCAGAAUAUAAAAGUAUCUAAAUGAAUCCAAAUUUUUGGUAUCACUCGUUGUUCAUCACCUAAUUUUCAAGAAAAAUGAGGAAGAACUUAGUAGUAGGUCUAUAAUCAAAUUCCUUCUAUUGAAUGCCUAAUCGUUGAAAAAUGGCGCCAGAUUUGAAUUCCGAAGGAUCUAUUGUUACGCCCUGUUAAACAAAUGUUUAUUUAUAUUCAAGUGUUGACGUGUACAGAGAAAUAAGUAGUUCUUGUUUAUUGACCUUCUCACUCUAUAGUUCAAAUAUCCAGCGAUCCUGUAUUUUCAAUGCGUUUCGUAUAUGCCCUAAAAAUGUUGUGUCUUUAUAAUGUUAGAUGAAUGUGUAUAAAUGUAUGAUGUUGCUUUAUAAUUUAUAUUUAUGUUGCUAUUUUUUUAUGAAGUAUAUAUGCUGUUAAUUCAUGUAAUAAAG